AUGAAUGCUUCAAAAACACUUGUUGUUGACAAUGGUACUGGUUUUGUAAAAUGUGGUUAUGCGGGUUCUAAUUUCCCUGAACACGUAUUUCCUAGUGUCGUCGGUAGACCUAUUUUACGUGCGGAAGAACAAGUCGGAAACCUUCAAGUGAAAGAUAUAAUGGUGGGCGAUGAAGCCGCUCAGCUUCGAAACAUCCUUCAAAUGUCUUAUCCCAUGGAGAAUGGUAUCAUUCGUAACUGGGAAGAUAUGCGUCAUUUGUGGAACUAUACUUUUGACGAAAAGCUAAAGAUUGAUCCAAGGGAUUCAAAGAUUUUACUGACAGAAGCACCCAUGAAUCCAAAGCAGAAUAGAGAAAAAAUGGCUGAAAUCAUGUUUGAAGAAUAUGGAUUCCAAGGCGUCUAUGUGGCUAUUCAAGCAGUGUUGACGCUUUUCGCUCAAGGUUUGAUGUCUGGUGUCGUAGUUGACUCUGGAGAUGGUGUUACACAUAUUGUACCUGUCUAUCAAGGCUAUGCGCCUGCCAACUUGACACGUCGUCUCGAUGUUGCAGGUCGUCAUGUGACAAGAUACUUGAUCAAGCUAUUACUGUUACGAGGAUAUGCAUUCAACCGUACUGCUGAUUUUGAAACUGUGCGUCAAAUGAAGGAAAAGCUUUGUUAUGUUAGCUAUGAUCUUGAAUUAGAUCAAAAACUCGGUAAUGAGACGACCACAUUAGUAGAGAGCUAUGAGCUCCCUGAUGGACGAGUUAUCAAGGUUGGAUCUGAACGAUUUGAAGCACCCGAGUGCUUGUUCCAGCCCAAUUUGAUUGAUGUUGAAGCUCCAGGAAUGGCCGAAAUGCUCUUCAAUACUAUUCAAGCAGCAGAUAUCGAUAUCCGUGCUGAUCUCUAUAAGCAUAUUGUUUUAUCUGGUGGAUCAACCAUGUAUCCUGGCUUGCCUAGUCGUUUAGAAAAGGAAAUGAAACAACUCUAUCUUACAAAUGUAUUAAAUGGAGAUGCCAGUAGAUUAAGCAAAUUCAAGAUUCGUAUUGAAGACCCACCUAGACGUAAGCACAUGGUAUACCUUGGAGGAGCUGUCCUUGCCGAUAUCAUGAAGGAUAAUGAAUCAUGGUGGGUUACUAAGCAAGAAUGGGAAGAAAUGGGGCCUCGUUCAUUGGAAAAGAUGGGUGUAUUAGGAUCAACAUCUUAA